GGGGGCUGAAGAACAAAAACAAUGACACUGCUCGGACGGAUUUAAAACACAGGAACUCUUUUAAAGACUUUUAAACGGAGUAACGUUGGGUUCUCUCCUAUUUUAAAGCGUCUGCACUGAUAUCCGAGCUUUUAACAUCGACUGGCUGUUGUUUUUUGUUGAUAUGUUAACUCUGCAGCUCAGUUGACAGACUGGAGGCUAGCUGUUUGUUUGGACGGCUGAAACUGUUGGGGGUUGCUUGCUCACUAAUGACGCCCUUUGUUUGGUAAAAAGUUGAAACUGUAGGUCGAAACUAGCUCGCCAUUAGCAAAGCAUUCCUGUUUGGACGCCAAACAAUUUGCCGUGUUUGCCAGCGAGCAGCUGAGGGUCAGUUUGCUAGCUAGCCUGUUGUUAGCAUCAACAUUUGCACAUUCAUCUUUUCAGGGAGAGUUCAUUGUCUCGGUUGGUUCUGGCUGCUUGCACACAUUUGUGUGUCAUAUUAGAGUGUUAAUAGCUAACUUGAAGUGUAUGUAAUGUACUUAGUGCUGCUUUCAGUAUCUAACUCUGAUGUACAAACAAGCUAACUUGGUUGCAAGAGACAUAAGUCAAGGAGACGGCUUUUCAUCUUCACUGCCUCACUGUUAGCUGUUCGUUGCACUGACUAAAUGUCAUUGAAAAGUGUUUGGAAUUCAUACUGCAAAAAUUAAUUUGUUACAUCCUAUGUAUUGUUGAGACUUUCUAGCUGUUGCCACAGUCAGAAUCACCAGCCUUGACACAAUGCAGUUGCUUUAAGUUGAAUUUUGUUUUUGUUUUUGUUUUUGUUUUUUUGCAUUCAGUCAUUUCACUUGUCAGUAUUAUCACAUAUUGCUGUUGUAAAUUGCUGGUGCUGUAAUCAAAACUGCUCCUACAAGCACUGCUCUUUAUUCAAGUUAACCUUGUAAGAAACGAUGAGCGGCCAUGGCUCAUCUUCACAAAAGGGAGUCAAUACUAGUCUAAUAUGUCAAGAGAGUUAUGCCUGUGGUGGCGCUGAGGAAGCUGCAUUUGAGUGUUAUGAAUGCAAAAGCUUGCAGUGUGUUCGUUGCGAGCUUGAGCUCCACAACCAGGAGUCUCUCAAGAACCAUGAGCGGGUUCAGAUAAGUCCAGGGCAUGUCCCUUACUGUGACAACUGUAAAGGAGGUAAUGGAGACAGUGGCAAACGCCAUAGGUCUGUGGUCCGCUGCCAGAACUGCAAAGUUAAUUUGUGCCAAGACUGUCAGAAACGCACCCACAGUGGAGGCAACAGGAAGAAACACCAGCUUACAUCUUAUCCUCCACCACCAAAACCUGCCGAGGUCAGCUCUGUCCAAACAUCUGUGCAGCCCGUUGUCCAAGUAGUCGAUGAGACCAAAUCUCAGAGAGCAAAGCUCCUGGAGAAGAUAACCAGUUUUCUCCUGGUUGAUGAGAAUGAGGAAAUGCAGAUAAAAGAUGAUGCUCCAUUUGUAAAGAGGUUGAACUGCCCCCCUGACCAGCUGCUGAAGGUGGUGUCCAUCUUUGGUAACACGGGAGAGGGCAAAUCUCACACCCUGAACCACACAUUCUUCAUGGGCAGAGAAGUGUUCAAGACCUCUCCCACACAGGAGUCCUGUACAGUGGGUGUGUGGGCAGCGUUUGAUCCUAUCCAUAAAGUAGUGGUCAUCGAUACAGAGGGUCUGCUUGGGAACAGUUCCAAACAGGGCCAGAGAACCCGUCUCUUGCUCAAGGUGCUCGCCAUCUCUGACCUCAUCAUCUACCGCACCCAUGCUGACCGUCUCCACGACGACCUCUUCAAAUUCCUCGGGGAUGCCUCUGAGGCCUACUUGAAGCAUUUCACUAAGGAACUGAAGGCCACAACAGCCCGCUGUGGCCUGGAUGUCCCACUGUCCACCUUGGGCCCAGCUGUGGUCAUCUUCCAUGAGACAGUCCACACUAAGUUGCUUGGUUCAGAUAAGUCGUCCGAGUCAGUAGAUCGGCUGCUGUUGGAGCGCUUCAGGAAGCUUUCUCGUUUCCCAGAGGCCUUCAGUUCUGUCCAGUACUGGGGCACACAGACUCUGAGCCCCCCUACUGACUUUCGUGGCCUACAGAGUAAACUGGAGCAGCUCCUAGAUAACAACGCCACCCGUUCCCCACGCACCCCUGUGGUCAUCUUCAAAGCCCUGCAGGCAUUAAGUGAGCGCUUCAAUGGAGAAAUUGGAGAUGAGCUGGUAGCUCACAGCUGCUUUUUUCCUGAUGAGUACUUCACUUGCUCCAGCUUGUGCCUCAGUUGUGGAUCUGGUUGCAAGAACAGCAUGAACCACCUAGCAGAAGGAGUGUGCCAUGAGGAGAGGCAUCGUUGUCGUUAUUCUGUUCAGUACGAUAAUCGCAUUUAUACCUGUAAGGCUUGCUAUGAAGGGGGGAAGGAAGUGCUAGUUGUCCCAAAGACCUCAGCAUCUUCAGACUCUCCAUGGAUGGGUCUUGCCAAAUACGCCUGGUCUGGGUAUGUUAUUGAAUGUCCCAACUGUGGAGUGAUCUAUCGAAGCCGUCAGUAUUGGUAUGGGAACCAGGACCCUGUGGAUACAGUUGUCCGCACUGAGAUCCAGCAUGUAUGGCCAGGGUCGGAUGGCUUUUUAAAGGACAAUAGCAAUGCAGCGCAGCGUCUUUUGGAUGGAGUCAACUUGGUAGCCCAGUCUGUGUCAGAGCUCAGUGUCAAGCCUGCCAAGGCCGUCACCUCUUGGCUGACAGAUCAGAUCGCUCCAGCCUACUGGAAACCCAACUCCCUCAUCAUGGUGUGCCAUAAGUGUCAUGAAGUCUUCCAGGACAACGACACCAAGCAUCACUGCCGUGCCUGUGGAGAGGGCUUCUGUGAUGGCUGCUCUUCCAAAGCUGCACCAGUCCCUGAAAGAGGCUGGGGUCUUGCCCCUGUCAGAGUCUGUGAUAUCUGCUUUGAGCAGAGAGCUUCAUACGCAGAGCUUCUUGAGGCAGAGCUUGAGGAGGAAGAAGGCGGAACGCUCGCCAGGAAGGUCGGAGAGGCAGUGACCAACACCAUAGGGGUUGUAGUCACUGCUAUUGACAUCCCACUUGGUCUAGUGAAAGACGCAGCCCGUCCUGCCUAUUGGGUGCCUGAUCAGGACAUCCUGUCCUGCCACAACUGCCAGCGUGAGUUCACUGCCAAACUGUCCAAGCAUCACUGCCGUGCCUGUGGCCAAGGAGUGUGUGAUGACUGCUCCCCGGAGCGUCGGCCGGUUCCAUCGCGGGGCUGGGACCACCCCGUGCGUGUGUGCACCAGCUGCAACCAGAAACCUGGAGAACUUUAACAGGGAUGGUCUUCCUUCCUCAGAGCACCAGAAAGAACCACUCACUCAGCUCGCAGUCUGUCACUGCUAUACCUCUGUUACUCAAAUGGUUCCGUCCUGUUUCUGUGGAAAGGAAGUUUUUAGACAUAUAUACAGUAAAGAUUUGGGAUUUUAGAGUUCCUGUGGCCUUUGUAGAACAGCCAGAACAUGUGAGUUACUUGACUGAGUGUGAAAACUUAUUGACACAAAUCCCGAAUUUUACGUUAAACAAGGCUGUUGAGCUAUUUUUCUACUAUCAGAAAAUAUAAAAAAAAUGUAUCAUUUAAAGAAUACUAGUUAGUUGAGGGACUGGUGUGAUUAGUUUUCAGCAAUUGUUAUUAUUGAGCAUUGUUUCUCUGAUGUUGUAUGUGUUAUGGCCAGGAGAUAUUUUAAACGCGUGCAGGUAUAAGUGCAGGUUCCAUUGCAUGCUGUACUGCAACAUUUUAGUUUUUUGCACUAAGCCUUUUUCAGCUGUUAUAGGCUGUUGCUUACCAUGGCCAAAAACCAGAUAUCCUGAUGAUCAAGUAAUCUGUCCCAAACUGAGUUUAAAUCUACAGUCGGUCUAGAUUUUGGAUAUCUGGUGUGCCAAAAAUCAUUCAGGUCACUGUGUUUGUGUUGGUAUAAUGUUUAUAUUUUACCAUGUAAUUUGUGGCUGUAUGUACAUUUGAAAUGUUAAAAAAAAAUUAUUUAUGUAAGGAAGAUAAAAAAAAACCCACUUAUUAGCACUCUGGCAUGCAUGACAGUCCGAGAGAUCCAUGGCCUUUUACUUAAUAACCUCACUUUCUCUUUUACCAUGCAGCAUUUAUUUUGUGUCAUAAACUAUAUGUAUUUCAUGUUUAAAUUGUUAUUUUCUUGACACAUCCACAUUUGAAUUGUUUUCUAAUAUUGACGUUGCCGUCUGUUUCGGUAUUUGGAUAUAGUUUCUCACAACUGCAGGAUAUCCAAAUUUGUCUCCAAACCAGUUUUACAUUCAUGCCUCCGGGUCUCCGUAGGCACAGUCUGACAGGAUAAGGACUCCUGACAAAGCUCAACUCAUUGAUAUUCUGUCUCCGCUCUUCACAAGCUCAUUUUUCUAUUAUUUUUCAUCCGUUAUUGAAAGCUAUUUUAUUGUCUUUUGGCUGGUUUUUGUUUUGCAUUAGUUAUGGAUAUUUAUAUACUUUGUAGUGACUAUGUGAACCACCUUUCUCUCUAUAUUUAUUAUUAGAAUUUUUGUCUGUUAGCAUUACAAAAAACAAAACAAAAACAGAUGCUCAAAUAUGGCAGUGACAAGAUAUGGAACCAUAUUCAGUGACUGAAAGCUUUAAAGAGCUUUUUCAAGUAUCUCUUGCAUCAUUAUUAGUUUUAUGUUAUUGAGUAAUAAGACUGUUACGUCUGGAUAUCAUGCAAAGCACAAGUUGAUGCCUUUAACACGUAUGCUCGUAUUGUAUUGUUAAAAAGGAGAAAAGAGGAAAAAAAGGUCUUUGUUGAUUGUGAGCUUUGUAGAUAAAGUUAAUUCUCCCUUUGCUCCUAACAUGGAACUUUUAGUUCUGAUGUCUGGGAAGAAAUUGUGUCUGCCUUGUCUCAAAAUAGAUUUAUCUGUCUGAAUGUUGCAUCACACACUCUUCUCUUAUAAUAUUGCACAGGAUAGAAUAGGAAAUAGAUCAUUUCAGAUUACAUGUACUGGAGUUCAUUCCCAUGCAAAUGUGCAGUCAGUUGCUUCAAAUAUCCUUUGUGGUGUUUGAGAAAUACACUUUGUGAUGUCCAGUUUUUUUUUCUUCAAUUAGCUUGGGUGCUAUCAUGUACACAAUUUAUCUACAGAUUCCAAAUCAAGCAGGAAUGAUUGAUACUUUUGAAACGGUUGGAAAAGAACUUGAAAACAGUGAUGUGCACAAGAUGUAUGGAAACUGGUGGGUGAUUUGCAUAAGAUUAAAAUUGUAUCAGCUCCUGUCUGUCAAAAUAUAAUCUGGAAUUGCCUCCAUGUCUUCAAUGUGUGUGUGUGUGUGUGUGUGUGUGUGUGUGUGUG